AUGCCGAUCAAAUCUCUUGAUUUUCUACAAUAUCUUAGCGACGAUCUAAGAGAGCGACAAAAUUUCUGUGAUGAACUAUGCGCAACCCUCUCUGUCUAUGGAUUCGUCAAGAUUCAGAACUCUUCUCUCUCAAAGGAGACAAUUGACCAGCUGUUCAGAUUUAACAAGCUGUUCUUCGAUCUCCCCAAUCACCUGAAAGCAAAGGCGGCGCACCCAGAAGCUCCAAACCCACAUCGAGGAUGGAGUGCAAUUGGCCAGGAGAGUGUGUGCCAGAUCUCCAAAUUUGAGCAAGGAAAGCGGCAGAAUGACUAUUACCAGGAGUGUCGCGAAUCAUUUGAUCAAGGGGCAGCCAACGACGAGCUCUUCCCGAACCGGUGGGUAGAUGAAACUGAUUUGCUAGGUUUCCGUCAAUUUAUGGAGGGCAUCUACGACCAAUUCCACGCGCUCCACGCCGACCUCUUGCGCGCUAUCACGGCCGGAUUAGGCCUACCCGAGGAGCAUCUCAUCUCCAAGCAUCAGAGAAACACCAGCGAGCUGCGAUUGCUGCACUACCCAUCUAUUCCAUGCAGCUCGAUGGGGUCUGUUCAGCGGAUUGGCGAGCAUUCUGACUUUGGUACUCUCACCCUGCUCUUGCAAGACUCUGUGGGUGGUCUGCAGGUCGAGGAUCAGCAGCAGCUGGGUAGCUUUAUUCCAGUGGAAUCGGAAGAUGUGUACGAGGUGAUUGUCAAUGUUGGCGACUGCCUUCAGAGAUGGAGCAACAAGAGUCUGCGGUCCGCUAAUCAUCGUGUGAGUUUGCCCGAAGGAAAAGGUGUUCACACUGAUGAAAUGCUGGCGCCCCGGUACUCGGUGGCAUACUUUGGCAAGCCGGACCGGGAUGUCCUCGUUGACACGCUGGCUGAGUUUGUGCGCCCGGGCAUCAAGCCUGAGUACAAUGAUGGCUUGACCGCGUUUGAAUAUAAUCAGUUGAAGCUGGUUCGUACUUAUAAUUAA